CCAUUUUAUCGUGAGCAACUUUCGUUCUACGUGUCAAUCGUCCGGCCUUAACUGGCAAGCAGCGCCCGGUGUCCCCCGCGGCCCACGCCCUCCCCUUAAUAAUUCUCUUUCCUUCCCCCGCACAUCCCGGACCGAGGGAAGCCGGCAGUCGACUGCGUCGAACCUAAAGCCUCCUCAUCCGAAGCAAAUAUAGUUUCCAUCUAGAUAUGGCAUCUGGAACAGAAGCUGAGACAGUUCCAAGCGAGAAUGUACUUGAAUGGGCACAGAAAGACAAGCGGCGAUUUUUACAUGCUGUUUAUCGUGUUGGGGAUCUGGACCGUACCAUAAAAUUUUACACGGAAUGCUUUGGGAUGCAACUACUACGGAAAAGAGACAUUCCAGAAGAGAAAUAUUCAAAUGCAUUCCUUGGGUUUGGGCCAGAAGACUCUCAUUUUGUGGUAGAAUUGACAUAUAAUUAUGGAGUUGAUAAGUAUGAUAUUGGCACAGGCUUUGGGCAUUUUGCUAUUGCAACAGAAGAUGUCUAUAAGUUGGUUGAAAACAUCAGGGAAAAGGGCGGCAAGGUCACACGUGAACCUGGUCCUGUUAAAGGAGGAACGACUGUAAUCGCUUUUGUGCAAGACCCUGAUGGUUACCUUUUUGAGCUGAUUCAGAGAGGCCCGACACCCGAGCCUCUUUGCCAAGUUAUGCUUCGUGUGGGUGAUCUGGAACGCUCUAUCAAGUUUUAUGAAAAGGCAUGUGGAAUGAAGUUAUUGAGGCAAAAAGAUGUUCCUCAGUAUAAGUAUAGUAUUGCCAUGAUGGGUUACGCUGCUGAAUAUGAGACAACAGUUCUGGAGUUGACGUACAACUAUGGUGUGACAGAGUAUACCAAAGGCAACGCAUAUGCGCAGGUUGCUAUUAGCACUGAAGAUGUUUAUAAAAGUGCUGAGGUUGUUGAUCUGGUCUCCAAAGAGCUAGGAGGAAAAAUCACACGACAACCGGGACCAAUUCCAGGAAUAAACACCAAAAUCACCUCUUUUCUUGAUCCAGAUGGCUGGAAAGUG